GAGGAGACAGGAGAGGUUUUAUAAAUAAGUAGACAAAGUCUUUUCUGUGCCAGAGAAAACGCAUCAAGAUGCAGCAUCUCCGAGAUCAGGAUGCUAUCAUCCCUCUGCCUCGUGGGAAUUUGCCUAAGGUGUGUUCUGUUGUACUGGCUGUCAUAACAACAGUUGCCUUGGGGGUUAUGUCCUCCGAGAGGUUAUUCGGCUGGGCGGCACUGGCAAUACUCACCAUGACGUUUGGCCCUCUGCUACAUGGGCUCUGCCUGCUGUCAGAGGAGAUGCUGCACCAUUUGAACACAAGGCAUCGAUGCCGAGUGCUCCACGUGGCGUCGGCCUGCGGUUUGUGGGGCAAGACCCUGCUGGCUGCAGUGGUGGCAGGCCUUGUGCUGUACCUAACCAGACAUACUCUGCCACACAAAAACCAACACUGGGAACUCCUUUUCCUGACUCCUGUUGUUUAUACCCUGCUCAAAAGCCUGGGAAUCCUGGGUCCAUCAGAGGUGGAGGUGUCAGACAUCUGCGAGGGGAGGAAGAUGAACGUGGCACACGGCCUGGCUUGGUCCUUUUACCUGGGUUACCUGCAGCUGGUGCUUCCUCGUUUGGAGGAUGCCAUCGCAAAGUUUCGUGCCACACAUCUGUCCAGCAUCCAUCCACAUCAGACCCCCCUCUGGAGUCGCGGCUCCAAGAAACUCCUCAUCCUCAUCCCUCUUGAUAGUAACAUCCCAGACAAGCUGGAGGACGAGGAUAACAACAUCUACUUUUAUGACAACCUUCCAAACAAUGAGAUGAACAGGGCAGGGAUCCGGGGUCGGGUUUACAAGCACAGUGUCUACAGAGUGCACGAUGAAAAAGGGAAGGUCUAUGACUGUGCGAUGGAGUAUGCAACCCCUCUGCUGACGCUGUACAGGAUGUCCCAGGAGAGGAGUGCAGGUUUCGGGGAGCCUGAGCGCAGGCAGCAGGUCCUUCUCUUCUACAGGACCCUGCAGGACAUCCUGGAUCAGUCGCUGGAGUGUCGCAACCGCUACAGACUCAUCCUGCUCACUGAUGAGUGUAAGGAUGACCCUCAUUCCCUAUCCAAAACCAUCCUGAGACACUUGGAGCAGCAGGAGAAAGAGGAGUUCUGUCUCCACCCGCCUCUCAACCAAGAACUGGUACAACCAUUUCAGAACGCUACGUCUGGAAACAAAGAGUGGCAUCGUGCAGAACCGAUGAGCAGAGAGCCCACUCUCAUGAUCAGCCUGGAGAAACCUCAGCCUCUCAGGGAGCCGACCGAGAACACCGAUUCCUGGUUCAGAGAAACAUAAACACUUCUCUCCUGCAACAUUAUAUGUCUGCAUCUGCUUGUUGUGACCUGGCAGAUGUAGGUUGAGGAAAUGUUUCACUCCUAAAUGCAUGAAAUUAUUAGCAGAUAUAUAAAAACAAAAUAAACACAAGAGAAGAAAAAUCUGGGAAAAAUAACAAAUAGAAAAAGAGGGGAACACAAUGACAUACGGUUAUCAGUUCCCAGAGUCAGAAUCAAACAUGGAGAAGCUGCAUUCAGCUUCUAUGCUCCACAUGUCUGGAACAAACUCACAGAAAGCCUCAGAUCAGCUCAAACACUCAGUUUAUUUAAAUCC